GACUGCCUCUAGCAGCUGGAGCAGCGACCAGUCGCCGCCCCCGAUGCAAGCUCUUCCAACACCUUCGAUCGCCUCGCAGCAUUGGAGAUGGACGUCGGCUCCCUCAAGGACGGCGUGCAGUUACAGCAGACCGCAACACAACAGCUGGAACAACGGAUCUGUACUACCGCCAAUACCUCGAGUUCGGAACCGCGAGAGACAACUCAAAAGUUUGACGGGCAGGAGAUCUUCUGCGACUCGAUGAAGACAUAUCAGAUUCCAUGGUUCUGCAAGUUCGAGCUCACGCUGCAGCUACACAACGUCAAAGAACACAAGCACCACGCAUACUUAUACUCUCGCUCAGGGGGCGCGUGCCAGGCUUGGUUGGACAAUCUCUUGUCCAAGUACGGAGUGGUAGCUGCCGACUUGCACACCAAGAUCAGCUGGGACGAUCUGAAGGCAGCGUGGCAUAAGCGGUUCCAAGUCGAGCCGCCCGAGAUCAAGGCUAUGGACAAGCUCAUGGUCUUCGAGCAAGGCACGCUGUCGAGUACCGACUGGAUCGCCGAGUACCAACGCCUGACGUCAGUCCCAGAUAUCCAGAUGGGGUUCAAAGCCAUCCGCCAGUAUUUCAUCUCAAGGUCCUGUCCGACAUUAAGCAAUGCCUUGACUCACGUCGAGGACACCUUGACGACAACGGCGGAAAUCUUUGACAAGACCGCACAGAUUAUCAUUACGAACAAGGAGGCUAAGAACCUGCGUUCGUCUGCGUCAGGCCCGAGCAGGGACCAGCAUCGGCCAAGAGUGGCCAUGGUCGCGGCGGCAACGCCGUUUGACCAAACCAGCGAGGCUGUGUCUGCCAAUGAAGGGGACAGACUCGCAGCCGCACGGGAAGGAUAUCAUCAAAUCUCGAUCCGACCGAACGAUCGCUACAAAUCCACGUUCAAGACGCAGUACGCGCAUUUUGAGUGGGUGGUCAUGCCUUUUGGCCUCACCAACGCCCCGACGACCUUUCAAGCGGCAAUGACCAAUGAGUUCCGUGCAAUGUUGGACCGGUUCGUGCUGGUCUACUUAGACGAUAUUCUCGUCUAUAGCCUGUCAUUGGAGGAUCAUCUUGGGCAUCUUCGACGAGAGUUGGAGACGCUCCGCCGCGCCAAGUACAAGGCCAACCGCGACAAGUGCGAAUUUGUCCGGCAAGAGCUGGAAUACUUGGGCCAUUUUGUCACACCGGAGGGCAUCAGUCCGCUAUCGGACAAGAUUCAAGCCAUCCAAGAGUGGUCAGAGCCUCGGAACGUUACGGAUUUCGGGAAACACUUAGGGCCGGUAGAAGAUGUAGCUGCUUCUACUCUUGUUGAAGCGGGUGAUGUACCCUCCCCCGUUCAAGAGUUGGCCAAAGCUACAGACUCCUUAGUCACCCCGCAGACGCAUCCGGGCCCAACUAUACUCUGUACGUUGGAUGUGUCUGAAGCCUUAGAGGACCUUCAAGGUGAGUGGUCAGCAAAGGACCCUUGUGAGUCCUGGGUGGCACUGAGUAGAGGUCCUAGAGGGGUGCACUUCGUUGUGGAAGUUGGUGUGGGUGGUCGCAAGUGCGGCGCCUUCGUAGACAUUGGCUCCACGCGAAACUUCAUAAGUCGCGAUUGCGUUGACAGACUGUGCCUAAAGGACCGGGUGCAGCGCCUUAGUAGAUCGGUAGCAUCUACUUUGGCCAACAAAGAGCGCAUGAUGGUGGAGGACUAUGUUAAAAAUGUAGUCUGCACCUUCUCCUACCCAGGAGGAGAGAUAAACCAUAAGAUAUCAUUCCUGGUGAGCAACGAGUUGCCUUUUGAUAUGUUAUUGGGCAUGUACUACCUCGAGGUUGCCAAGCCCGAGUUCGACUGGGACAAGAAGGUGUUGAAGCACGAGUUGCCUAAUGAGAGAACCGUUAGACUGGCCAAGUAUAAAGCCAGUAGGUUAAUAGACUCCUAUGGGUGCUUAUGGGCAUCUGCCUUCUAUAACUACUAUAAACAGAACCAAGAGGAAGGAAUAUGCUUAGUCUAUGUCUCUGCAAAAGGGGAGGUCGUUAAAACACCCCCAGAGAUAGAUACCAUCGUCUCUAAGUACCCUGAUCUGUUCGAGGAGCCCUCGGGAGUCGUAGACAGGGAGGCUGUCCAUGCCAUAGAGAUCAUCCCAGGUAGCAAGACACCUAAAGGGAGAAUCUAUAGAAUGGCUCCGACCGAGUUGGACGAGCUUCGUCGGCAACUGAAAGAGCUCACAGAAAAGGGUUGGAUACGACCUAACACUUCCCCCUUUGGCUCACCAGUCCUGUUUGUUCCAAAGAAAGGGGGAACACUAAGGAUGUGCAUUGAUUAUGGAGGCCUCAAUGCCGUUACCGUUAAGAACGCAGAGCCUUUACCACGCAUCGACGACCUAUUGGAUAGGGUGCAGGGAUGUAAGUACUAUACAAAGAUAGACUCAAAAUCCGACUACCAUGAGAUUGCCAUAAGACCACAGGACCGACAUAGAACCGCAUUUCAUACCAGGUACGGUCUGUACGAUUUUGUAGUGAUGCCCUUAGGCCUUUGCAAUGCACCGGGUACAUUCCAGCACGCCAUGAAUAGGAUCUUCCAUGACUUCUUAGAUAAGUUCGUUGUCGUGUAUCUCGACGAUAUACUUAUCAUUAGUAAAACUAUCAAGGAGCAUGCUCAGCGUGUAGACAAAGUACUUUCACUCCUCCAGCAACACAAGUAUAAGAUAAACGCAGAGAAAUGCAAGUUCGGUCGCACUCAAAUCUUGUACUUGGGUCAUGAAGACGGAAUUAGGCCCGAAGAUGCGAAGGUGGCUAGCAUUAGGGACUGGCCACGACCCCAGUCUGUGACUGAGGUCAGAUCAUUCUUGGGAAUGUGUGGUUAUUACCGCAACUUCGUAAAGAACUAUAGUACGAUCGCAUCUCCCUUGACUGAUCUAACUCGACUUGACACACCAUGGGACUGGACUGACGAGUGUGAGGCAGCUUUCAAGCGUUUGAAGCAUGCUCUCACGCACCAUGAGGUUUUCAUGGUACCCGACCCACAAAGGCCAUUUGUUGUAACCAUUGACGCAAGCCGAUACGGCAUUGGCGCAGUGCUAGCUCAACAGGAAGGGAAAAAGUUGAGACCGGUCGAGUACAUGAGCAGAAGGAUGCUAUCAAAGAAGUUGGCAAAGUCCACCUACGAUAGGGAACUCUACGCUUUCUACAAGGCACUUGUCCACUGGAGGCACUAUCUGUUAGGAAGGUUCUUCUAUUUGAGAACUGACCAUCAGACCCUCAAGUGGAUCAAGACACAAGCGGUUCUCUCUAAUGCACUCAAACGCUGGAUUGAAGUCAUAGAUCAGUAUGACUUCAAACUAAACUACGUGAAGGGAGAGUACAACAAGGUUGCAGAUGCGUUUUCUCGAAGGGCAGUUUACCUGGGUGCGCUGAUUUAUGAGUUUGGCCUAUCUGAGGACGUGACGCGAUCUAUGGAGGAAGCCUACAAAGAAGAUCCCAUCACGAUGGGCAUCAUCAACAAACUUCAGGCUAAAGACAAGGCCACCACUGAUGAGUUUGUGAUGGUGGAUGGGUUACUCUUUCUUGAGAAGGCAGGGUUUAAGAGAUUAGUUUUUCCAUCUAAGGAAGAUUUGCGUAGUUUGUUCUUAGGAGAAUGCCAUGACGCAACGGGACAUUUCGGCUAUAAGAAGACUAGUGCUAACUUAGUACAGUGAUUUCGGUGGCCCAACAUGUUGGAUGAUGCAAAGAACAGACUGUUGAACAUAUCAAGAAAUCUCAGGAAGCUCUGAUUGCUUCUGAGAACAAACGUCGCCGACAUUC